AUGUUGAUGUUUGUCAUCAGUAUGUUGAUUUUAGAAGUAUUAAACCUGGUUAUCACAGACUACAAAUACAGAGAAUGGAGACGAAAGGAAGAGGCAGAGAGAUCCGAAAAUACUGGUGUGAUACCAUAUAUCCCCCGGGACGCCUUUGGUGACGUCUACGUUAACAUUGUUUUAUAUUGGAGAAAAGGCAGGCUAUCGUUUUUUAUGCGAUGUGUGGCGGUGUGUCAGGGUUGUCUCGCUGUAAUCUUAGUAAUCUAUGGUGGUUACAAUAUACACAAGUACCCCUCGUUUGUGACCCAUACACAGCGUCUUAGGUUCUGCAACGUUCAAUUGGACGACUUGAUUAAACUCCUUGCCUCUCUGCUCGUGUUGUGUGGAAGUACUUCACUCCUCGUCUCUCUCCAGGGUAUCUCCAUGACAUGUGUGACGUCACGAGCGGCAUAUUACGUGUCUGCCUUCCUCAACAAUACAGGGGUUGUCAUAUCGGUAACAGCAAUUAUAUUCUUUGGCGUAUUCAUUACUGAGGUAAGAGAGAAUAUGGAUGAAGAGGUUGAGGAAUUAUUUUACGCAUCGUUAAACUACGAACCCUAUUUUUCGCACGCAAGGGAUUUAAUUCUUCAGUUAAGCUGCUGUGGAAUAAGACGGCAACAAGACCUUCAUUUGAUAUCGAGCUCUUCAUGGUACAGAUUAUAUCCUUUGUGUACAGAUUUCAGGCCCUGCGUUCCAGUUCUCGAGGAACAUUUUCAGACAUUUUCAGGCGCUAGUCUGUCUUUGGUGACAUUGACGCUCAUUUUACAGAUAUUCUCACUGCUGUAUGUAAACAAGAGGGUACGAGAUUUGACCGAUGAAUCCACUGACUCGGACACAAGUCAAGUUACUCCAGUCAUUCAAACAGGCAUCGUUGGAAUUCUAAAACGACGAGUUAAGAGCUUAUGGGAGAAAGAUAAAUACAACGGAGUUGGGAUAGCCUUGAAGAUCAUAACAAUGUUUUGCGGACUUUGCUUGGUUGUGACUGGACUACUACUGAGAUUCGAUGACAUUUUUGAUGAUAUUGAAUUGCAUGAUAUAUUCUAUAACCUUUCGUUUAACAACCGCCGCUUCACCUAUUACAUAGAGGCCCUAUGGUUUGGUAUGCUGGGACUUGGCAUCACAGAGAUGAUUAUCACUUUAUUUGGAUGUGUCAUAUACUGCUGGGACGCAAAAUUCUUGGAAAGCAUAUCGAUUGUACUUCGAGGUGCACUUGCUGUCGCGGUGAUAGUGAUCAUUGGAUUGUGUAUUGAGACGAAAAGCAAUAUCGAUUGGACGAUGUAUGAUCAACUUCUUCAGCUAUUCUUCAAUAGAUAUGUGAAUAGUGGAGAGGACUCUGGUACAUCAUGGGAGAAAUUAUUUUUUAAGAUGCAGUGUUGCGGAGUUGGCAAUUAUGGAGAUUUCGAACACCCAAAUUUGCAAUUCAGACAAAUAUCUAUCUAUUGCUGCAAGAAUGUGACGAGGUGGUACCCGGGUCUGGAGGCGGGGUCGGAGAAUUGUACAAACGAUCUUUACACGGGAACUUUCUAUGAGACGGGCUGCAAUGACACGCUUCUGGACAGAUUCGGUGGCUACAUGAUCACGUUUUUAUGUCUCCUCUCCUUUUUACUGGCAUUUCAGGUAUUUAACAUCGUAUUCAGCGUUCGACGUAUUCGAGUGCUUGAACCUGGUCACAUUAUUGAUAAACAGAUCAGCAUCCUCGUUGAAUCUGUGAAGAGAAAAUGCAGAAGAGACACGAAAAUAACGGAUUCCAGUGAGGGGUUGGUAACUGCAGGUCCUAGUGAGUCCCAAUCGGACCCGAUUCUCCGAACACCAGAAGACAUGAAGAGGAACACGUUACUUCCGUCACUAGAUGACAAGGCAAACACAACCACACCUCCGGCUUCCAAGACAAUAGACGAUACUACAGGGAGGGGAAAUCGUCGAAAGGAUAAGGGAAAACGAAAACAAAACAAAUCGGUGCACACUGUAGAAGUACACAGAUCAGAUUCAACUGAACAAGACAAGCACAGCUUUGUUCCAUUACAAGGUAGAGAAUCAUCAAACAUCGGGCUGAAACAGAACGAGAACAGGACGACCGGUAAGCGACACAGUUUCAGGCCGCCAACAAGGUCUUCCACCAGGUCCGGGCGUGCUUCUGAAACACAAGACCAAAACUUCCACUCUACAAAAACGCGACUUGAAGAUAAUGUUAGAUUAUUUACAGAGGCGGGCAAUACAAAAAGUCAUACAAAUGAGACAAAGAAGACUUCGCAGCGGGUGGAUGGUGACGCUCAUAUAAUGGCUGACAAAAUAGCAGGUAAUUCUACUGGUAUCGAACCUAAUGAUAAACGGACGUCAACGACAAAACCUGAUGAUAAUAUGCAACGUUCUGUCAUAUCAGGUGACAAAACAACUGAAGCGGAAACAGAAAAAAGGGAACAAAUAGAUAAACAGUUUCCAGGAAGUACAGGAUUUAAUUUGGAUCAUAACAAUCUUGUGAUUGACAAAGAAAACGAGCAUUCGGAUCUUGGCGAUAAUGACACAAAAGAGAAGUAUUCCAGCAAUUCCCCGUUACCUAUGAUGGAAACCCUUAGUACACAAACUACAUCAAGUCAGGGGGGAAGGGAAGACGUGUUAUCAGAGAAGCAACUGUCCACAGAAAUAAGACAGGAAAACACUGAAAGGGCCGUGAAAGUGGACACUUUGCAUAGAAAUACUGAAGAUAGAAACGAAUUUGGUGUCGCAGAUCUUGACGGGGAAAUGGUUACUGCUACAAACAGAUUUGCUGAAAAUUUGGACGAUUCUGGUCGCGCAGAGAAAGUGGUUGGUUCUGGAACCCCAGACAGACUUGAUGAGAACGGGUCUCAUGCCGAGGUAAUAUCUGAGGAGCUAAUACAUGGUAAUAAAAUCAACAAAGAGGUUGUACAUGAUGUGACUGUAGAUAAGACCACAAAGAUUAAUGAUUUCCCUGAUGUUUAUGAGGACGAUUUCUCGGACGAGUCCGACGGUAACAACGACACAGAAGCCAUAGACUUCUUCAACAAGAUCGCCGGCAAUUAA